UGUGAUCAUAUGUUUUACCCACUCUGAGUUCUGCGGGAUUUUUAAACUGUACCACAUAUAUAUACAAGUAUAAUACAAAUACAAGUAAAAAAAGCGUCAGUAGUUAAAGUCAUGGAAGGUCAAAUCUGUCGCGUUUGCCUGGGAACGUCACCUGUAAUGAUCAACAUAUUUGACAACGCUCCAGGACUAGGGAUCUCCAUCGCCGAUAUGAUCACUCAAUGCACUCCCUACGAGAUUUCUAAAGGAGAUUGCUAUCCCGAAAAUAUCUGCGACUCUUGCCUGCACUGUGCUCGAGCCGCCUUCGAGAUACGCCAAACCAUAGAGACGAGCCACCAGAUCUACCUCCAGAUGAAAAAUACUAAAAAUCUACCAGUCAACGUAAAUCACGGUGUUGGCUUCAGCGAGAGAAAGAAAAAGCAUAAAUGCCUUAAGUCGUCUUCCCAUAAAAGUAUUCUUAAUGCACACGCUGGAGACAAACCGUAUAAAUGUUCUCACUGUUUAAAGUCGUUUUCCCAUAAAGGCUAUUUUAAUGUACAUAUGCGAACUCACACUGCAGAGCGACUGUACAAGUGUUCCCACUGCUCAAAGACGUUUUCCCAGAGAAGUAAUCUCAAUACACACAUCAGGAAUUGUAUUGUAGAAAAAACAUACAAGUGUUCUCACUGCUCAAAGUCGUUUCCAAGGCAAUCUCAUCUGCAGAGACACAUCCGAACCCACACGGGUGAGAAACCGCAUAAGUGUUCCCACUGCUCAAAGUCAUUUUCCGCGCCAAUUCAUCUGCAAAGGCACAUCCGAAUUCACACUGGAGAGCGACCAUACAAGUGUUCCCAUUGCUCAAAAUCAUUUUCCCAGAGAAGUAAUUUGACUGCACAUAACCGAAUUCACACUGGAGAGCGACCAUUCAAGUGUUCCCACUGCUCAAAGUCGUUUACCCAUAAAAAUACUCUGAACGCACACAUCCGAAUUCACACUGGAGAGCGACCAUACAAGUGUUCCCACUGCUCAAAGUCAUUUUCCCAGAGAAGUAGUUUGACUGCUCAUAACCGAAAUCACACUGGUGAGCGAUUAUUCAAGUGUUCUCACUGCUCAAAGUCGUUUACCGAUCAAAAAAUUCUUAAUGCACACAUCCGAACUCACUCUGGAAAGCGACCAUACAAGUGUUCCCACUGCUCAAAGCCGUUUACCCAUAAAACUACUCUUAACGCACACAUCCGAACUCACACCGGAGAGCGACCAUAUCAGUGUUCCCACUGCUCAAAGUCAUUUUCCCAGAGAGGUACUCUUAAUGUACAUAUCCGUAGUCACACUGGAGAGCGACCAUACAAGUGUUCCCACUGCUCAAAGUCGUUUUCCUAUAAAGGGCCGUUGAAUGCACACAUCCGAACUCACACUGGAGAGCAACCAUACAAAUGUUCCCACUGCUCAAAGUCAUUUUCCACGGGGUUUAUUCUUAAAAUACACAUCCGAUCUCACACCGGAGAGCGACCAUUCAAGUGUUCCCACUGCUCAAAGUCAUUUUUCCAAAAUGGUCAUCUUAAAAUACACAUUCGAACUCACACUGGAGAGCGCCCAUACAAGUGUUCCCACUGCUCAAAGUCGUUUAACAAUAAAACAGUUCUUAACGCACACAUCCGAACUCACACUGGAGAGCGACCAUACAAGUGUUCCCACUGCUCAAAGUCAUUUUCCCAAAAAGGUCAUCUUAAAAUACACAUUCGAACUCACACUGGAGAGGGUCCAUACAAGUGUUCCCACUGCUCAAAAUCAUUUUCCCAACAAGGUCAUCUUAAAUCACACAUUCGAACUCACACCGGAGAGCGACCAUACAAGUGUUCCCAGUGCUCAAAGUCAUUUUCCCAUAAAAGUUCUCUUAAUGUUCAUAUCCAAACUCACAUUCAAUAGUUUGAUUAUUUGUUUUCUCUGAAAAGGACCAAUCAACGCACCCCAAGCCACACGGAAUACGCAAAUCAUUCAAAAUUCUUUUCUUAUUUUAUAAAUAACUGGAUUGUUUUAUAAAUAACUGGAUUUAACAUUAAUGA